GAGGAGAGCAAACCAGACAAACUGCUCCUUCAUCACUACAUCAUUUCUCUCUCUCUCAAUUACAUCAUGCGCAUCAUCAAUUCUGCGAACUUCCUCAAGCCAUGACUCGCUUUGGUGAGUCUCGAUCGCUAUCGUCAUGAACCCUCGUGCUUCUAUAAGAAGCUUCUCGGCCAAACGGUCCAGGUGGGGUGAUUUUCAGGGUCCGUGAUUCCGCUUGAUCGACCAACCGACCUGCGCAAUGGCCACUACCCUCGUGCAAGACUCGUGUUUUGGCCAUGUCGUCCGCUUUCUCACCAGAAACCGCUAUUUUCGCUACACUGAAGAAAGAGAUCCUGAACUAUGGAAGCGAUACAUCAGUCUAGAAAAGUCAGGACAGAUGGCUCACGAAGGUCGAGUGGACUCUGCCAUCAACGUCCCCGACGAAGAUGACGACAAUCCCCGCGAAUACAUGUCGCGCAUCCCUUCGACAGCCUGGGAACACAGAGGUCACAAUUAUCAAGGUCUGACUGGUGUACGGAUCAAUCCUGAGAAAGGCAAAGACGUCAACGUCAUCGAUUGGUGGGACGACAAUGACCCAGAGAACCCACAGAACUGGCCCCUUUGGAAGAAGGUUUUCGUCACCUUUGAGAUUUGUCUUCUGACCUUCAGCGUUUACAUUGGAAGUUCCAUCUUCACCCCGGGCAUUGUCACCGUCACCAAGGAAUUCGAGAUUAGCCAAGUGGCCGCGACGCUGGGCUUGACGCUGUUUGUCGCCGGAUAUGGCACAGGUCCGCUGAUCUGGUCGCCCAUGAGCGAGGUGCCUCAGAUUGGCCGUAACCCCGUCUACAUCGCCACCCUCAUCGUCUUCGUAUGCCUGCAGGUGCCAACCGCGCUGGCCAAGAACCUGGGGACACUACUGGCAUUUCGAUUCCUGACGGGCUUCUUUGGCUCUCCCGCCCUAGCCACGGGCGGCGCCACCAUCUCCGACAUGUUCCGCCCGGCGAAGCGCGCCUACGCGAUAGGCAUCUGGGGCAUCAGCGCCGUCUGCGGCCCCGUCAUCGGACCCCUCGUCGGAGGGUUCGCCGCGCAAGCCCGCGGCUGGACGUGGACCAUCUGGGAACUGAUGUGGCUGUCCGGGUUCUCGCUGGUGAUGCUCGUCUUCCUCCUCCCAGAAACCUCCUCAGCGAAUAUCCUCUACCGACGCGCACGCCGCCUUCGCAAACUCACCGGACGGGAGAACCUGAAAUGCGAGCCCGAGAUCGAGAGCGAGGGGCUCACAGGCCGCGAACUCGUCAUGAUCACACUCGUGCGGCCCCUGACCCUCAACUUUCUCGAACCCAUGGUAUUCCUACUGAACCUCUACAUCGCCCUCAUCUACGGCCUGCUGUACGUCUGGUUCGAGUCCUUCUCGAUCGUCUUCGAGGGCAUCUACGGCUUCAACCUCGGCCAGGAAGGCCUGGCCUUUGUCGGCAUCCUCGUCGGCGCCAUCCUCACCAUCCCGCCUUACUACUGGUGGAUGUACAAGUACCUGGAGCCGCGCUUCGACGAGAACGGCAAUGUCGCCCCCGAGGCCCGUCUCCCGCCCGCCAUCGUUGGCGGCUGCUGCAUCCCCAUCUGCCUGUUCUGGUUCGGCUGGAGCGCGCGCCCGGACAUCCACUGGAUCAUGCCCAUCGUCGGGUCAGGGUUUUUCUCGAUCGGCGCAUUCCUGCUGUUCAACCCUGUGCUGAACUAUCUGCCGGAUGCCUACCCCGCUUACGCUGCUUCGGUGCUGGCCGGGAACGACUUGUUCCGCUCGGCGUUCGGGGCGGGCUUCCCUCUGUUUGCGUCGGCGAUGUAUAAGAAUUUGGGGAUUGGGUGGGCGAGUUCCACGUUGGCGUUUUUGUCGAUUGUGUUUAUUCCGAUUCCGUUUGUGUUGAUGAAGUUUGGUGAGACGUUGAGGAAGAAGCAUAGUCGGUAUGCAAGGAAGGAUAUAUAGACGUGUGCAUUGCGUAGUGGGGGGGAUGAUAGACAAUUGUAAACAAACAAGUGAUAAUACGGGAUAGAGUCGAAGGUGUGCUGUGUGCAGACUUACACACG